CAAUAGAGCCCGCGGCGGGCUCCGGGCGGGACGGGACGGGAGCUGGGCGCCGCGGCCCCAGGCAGCCGGCGGGGGGAGCCAGCAGCCGCUUUGUCCGGGGGCCCCGGCGGCAGCGCCCGGGGGAGGGUCCGCGUUCCCCUCCCCCCUCGGAUGCUUUUCUUCCUGAGCAGGACUGCCACUGUUGAGUCUGUGGGAGUAUGAAUCAGCAGCAGCAGAGAAUGGCUGCAGUUGGGACAGACAAAGAACUCAGUGACCUGCUGGACUUCAGUAUGAUGUUCCCCCUGCCAGUGGCUAAUGGAAAAAACAGACCCACGACGCUAGCGAGCACGCAGUUUGGCGGAUCAGGUUUGGAUGAAAGACCGGGAUCAGGUUCCUGGGGUGCAGGAGAUCAAAACAGCUCCACAUUUGACCAAGGAAGGCAGGGCUAUGGUGAAGGCGCCCAUUAUGGAGAACACAGGGACCUAUCAUCUCACAACAGCAUAUCUUCAUCACCAUUCCUGGGAUCUGGACUUGUAGGGAAGAGCGGUGAAAGACCUCCCUACUCAACGUUCAGCAGAGACACAGGGAUGCCAGGACUAAAUCAGACUGGUUUCCUGCCCAGUGAAAUGGGAAUUGCAAGUCCAACCACACUUUCCCCUACAGGGGUGAAGGGAGGGUCUCAGUAUUAUUCUUACCCAAACAACCCUCGUAGGAGAGGUGCUGACAGCAACAUAGAUGGACAGCCUAAAAAGGUUCGGAAGGUGCCUCCAGGUCUGCCCUCGUCGGUGUAUCCAUCCAACUCAGGUGAUGACUACAGCAGGGAUUCAGCUGGAUAUGCCCCCUCGAAACCUCCCAGCACUGUGUAUCCUGGAGCCUUCUACAUGCCAGAUGGACUUCAUAACUCGCCAGAUCUGUGGAGCUCGUCCGGCACCAUGAGCCAGUCGAGCUAUGGAGCUAUGCUGGGUGGCUCCUCGGCCCCUCUCCCACAGUCCGGUGGCUUCAAUAGUUUACAUCAGCAUGAACGGAUGAACUACCCGAUGCAUUCAGGAGAAGUUAAUGGCGGACUUUCCUCUGUGUCUGGCUUUCCCUCUGCCUCCACCCCUUAUGGAGUGCCCAGUCAUACGCCACCGAUCAGCGGGACAGACAGCAUGAUGGGCAACAGAGGAACCACAGCUGGGAGCUCAGGAGAUGCGCUUGGGAAAGCAUUAGCUUCAAUUUAUUCCCCAGAUCACUCUAGCAAUAACUUCUCUUCAAACCCCUCCACCCCUGUGGGCUCCCCUCAGGGGCUUGCAGGCACUUCCCAGUGGCCGCGAGCGGGCGGACAGGGUGCCUUGUCUCCUAGCUAUGAAGGGACUCUCCACACGUUACAAAACAAAAUGGAAGACAGAUUGGAUGAAGCCAUCCAUGUGCUGAGGAACCACGCGGUGGGCCAGACGGCUGCCAUGCCAGCCAACCACGGAGAUAUGCACGGCCUGCUGGGAUCGGCCCCUGGUCACAGCGCCUCAGUGGGCGGGCUCAGCCAGGCCUUCCCCACUUCAGUUAUGCCUCUAGGGAACAGGCAUUCAAGUUUGGUGGGAGGAAGUCACCCCGAAGACGGACUAUCCAGCAACCCCAGCAUGCUCCACAACCAUGUUACACUUCCCUCGCAGCCCAGCUCGCUCCCCGAUCUCAGCAGGCAGCAAGACACAUACAGCGGCUUGACGGGGCUGGGCAGAGCCAGUGUCUCCUCGGGAACCAGUGAAAUAAAGCGGGAAGAGAAGGAGGACGAGGAGAACACGUCAGUGGCCGAUAACUCGGAAGAGGAGAAGAAGGAAAUGAAGCCGUCACGGAACAGAACAAGGUGCUCUUUGAACAGCAGUACAGACGAGGCCCUGUCACUGGAGGACAAAGAUCUGAGGGACCGGGAGAGGAGAAUGGCCAAUAACGCCAGGGAAAGGGUGCGUGUACGGGACAUUAACGAGGCCUUUAAAGAGCUGGGACGUAUGUGUCAGAUGCACUUAAAAACGGACAAAGCACAGACCAAACUGAUCAUCCUCCAGCAAGCGGUGCAGGUCAUUCUGGGCUUGGAGCAGCAAGUACGAGAGCGCAAUCUGAACCCUAAAGCAGCCUGUUUGAAGCGUCGGGAAGAGGAGAAAGUGUCCGGAGUAGUAGGAGAUCCCCAGAUGACACUUUCAGCUUCACACCCUGGUCUAGGAGAUGGUCACAACCCCGUUGGACACAUGUGAAGAUCUUUUUGUUCCCCGGAUACAGAGAUGGGUAGGAAGCAAACCCUCGGUGUGACCUGCAACCUUCUUGAACCAUAAACUUUAGUACUGCUAAUACUGACACACGAGAGAGGAGCCUGGCAUGCGUUAAGGGGCGUUAAAAAGAAACAAACACUUGGUCAAAAACAAAACAAAAAAUUGCCUUAAGUAUAAAGUAUGGACCCGUCAAUACAUAUCACUCAGUUAACAGGGGGAGCGUCGUGUUCUCUUGGCUUGGUCUCAAGCAGCCAGCAGCAAAAUUGUGCCUAAGCUUAAUAUUUCUUUUUUUUUUAAAAAAGAACAUUAGUUAUGAGAUUUUUUAGGUAGAACAAAAUAGCAAUGCCUUUUGGUUUUUUUAGCUUCUUUUGCAUAUGUUUUGUAAGCAACAAAAAAAAUUUUUUUGUAUAAAAAAAAAAAAAAGUCUUGUACCCCAUGCUUUUCUGCUGCUGUUUCUAUAGUUGAUGUUGCAUCUUUAGGAUCAACCAGAAUAUUAAAAUUGUAUUAAAAGAGACUGGAUAUAAAAAAAAGAAAUUCUCAGAUUCGGCUCUGAAAGCCACUAAGUGCGAAUGUAGCCACGGGGGGAUUUGUUCCUUGCCUGGCUUGUACCUUCCAGUGUAAAAACUCACGUGCUGAAUUCAUCAUCUCUGCUUUGGCCACGUCUCAUUUGGGAAAAGGAGGUUAAACGACAAAGCAAGAUACAGCAGCUGACAUCAGUGGUUCUCUGGUUUCUCCCAGCCUCGGUAACAAGGACCCACCUUGGGGGGGAGGGGGGGGUGCCUGUGCAAAUUGCUUUUCAUUCACAGGGGUCCCUGGAGACUUGGGCUCCUUCGUGGGAGCCCAGAGUGAGAAGUGAAGAGACAAAGAGCACAGCUGUCUUCUGGAGCUUCGCUGCUAAAGCAGAACCUGUGGCCAUGAUUGGCAAAAAGAGCUGCCAAUAGAGAGAGAGAAUGGAGCCAGGGGGAAAAAGAGAAGCUGGGGUAUUGGUAAGUGAAGAAGCGACAUACCAUGUACAGGAGAACCCAGGGCUGAGAGGGGGACACCUCUUUCCCACGUACCUGAGCAAAUCACCCACCGUCAGAGCCACUUCCAUGGGAGGAGGGGGGAGAGACAUGCCGAACAAAGAGAGGAGACAGAACAAAGAUGGAGAGUGGGACCGAGAACAGGCAGAACAAAGACACCAAGGAAACAAGGCAAAGAGAACAAAGAACUGAGUGUGGUGCAAAUUAAAAGGCAGCUAAGCUGGAGGCUGUGGAGCAGCCUGGCGUGGCACUGGCCAUGGCCGGCCAAUAAACCUCAGCCUUGGUUCUGGGUAGAGAAUUGGCAGCUGGAGCAUGUGCAUGAGAGACUCCCUCACAGCAGCACCUGGCGGUGAGAAGCGGGGAUUCUCCAGCCCAUCUAGACAGAGCGUCUCUGCGGGGAGGCAGCUCCUGUCACUUUGUAUUUGGAACUGACAACUUUGAAAGAGCCACAGGCAGCUGCAGCAGGGUUAGUUCCCCACCACCUUCCCUGUUUAACCUGUGUCAAAACUAGCUGCUGGCUUAUUUCCAAAGCACCCUCAGAAGCGACUUUCUCGGCAGUCAGCUCUUCUAUCCACAGCUUCCCCACGGGCCCCGGCUGGACAAAACCACUUCCUGUGCAUAUGGAUUUAGCCUUUGGAGGCAAAGGGAUGCUGCUCCUUUUCCAUACUGCUCCCAGAGAGGAAAGCGCACAGGUUUUCCCGCUCCUAGCAAGACCUUCGUGGCAUCCUGCGGUGCUGGGCAGCAAAGAAACAGUCCCCCACCCCUUGAAAGGGACUGCAGCAGCUUGACUUUCCCUUCGAGGACAUACUGAGUUUCUAGGGUCACUUGGCUGUUUGCUCUGCUGUGCUAGGACCCGGACCCCUCGGUGCAUAUGCUAGAGCCCUUGGUGGGCGAGAUGCCCCAUUGCACUCUGAGAGGACGAAUGAAGUGACGUGCUGAGCGUGGGCCGUAUUGGCAGACCCUGGUUCCACGGAGCAGAGCUGAACCAGAGGUGAUGGGGCUGAGCUGGGCUGGAAUGAGAGCGGCUCCAAAUGCUUCAAAUUUGUGACACUCCCCUUCCACCCACCCACCUCCAAUAAAAUGUGGUAAAUUGUCACCAUGUCCCCCCCAUACCUUCCCACAAACAAACACACACACAAAAAGCAGGUCUGAAAUGUUUGAUGACCAACCCUGCCCAGCUCUGCCUACAGCCUGGGCUGGCUCCGCUCCUGUGGGCUCUGCCUGGGCUAAUGCCUGCAGCAGGGAAGGAGGUGUUAAACCUGCUUAUUAAUGCAGUCUGGCCCCCUGCCCCAAUUCAGCGCCAUAGAGCCACAUGUUGCUGGGUGUGAAUCUUAUCUCCUUGGCUGGGCGGAUGAGGCAUCUGUCUCCUGAGUUUGAGGUAGCAGGGUGGCUUGGCUUGUUGGAUCGCUACAUGGUUUAUCGUUCAGCUUCCUGCGAGGACAGGGGCUAGCAGAGCAGGUGCAGGGCUGUUUCAGCGGGUCCUUCCUCUUUCUCCUUCUUCCUCGUUCUUCUCACUUCUCUAAUUCUGUGGACCUGGUGCUUGGGGUAAACCAUUUUUGCUACCCUAUAGUCGGUCUAGGGUGUCCCCUCUGGAGGAAGGAGGAGGGUUGGUGGGUGGGAUUGGAUAUCUUGGCACAUCUCCUCACUGUGGGCUUUGGCGUAAGCUUCUGGCUUUCCUCUGCUCUGACACCUGCCCUGGCCUUGUGCUUCAGCAGAUAUCACUGCCUCACCCCUCUCCCCCAGUGGUCUUGGGAGUGCUUCAGCACCUCUGAAAGUCAGACGCUUGGUCUCCAGGACGGUCUCAUUCUGUGGUGCUGCCGAGGAUUUAAUUCUGGAGUCAAUCACAAAUUUGGCAACGGGGCAGGAUGAUUUCUUCCUGCCCAUCCCCUUGCGUUGGGCAUCCAGAACAUCUGAUCCCCACAAACACAACGCUCCAGGGACUUUCUGCAGAGGACGGCGCUGCUCGAUGGCAACUCUCGGAUGUGCCCAUAGGGCUGCAGCCCCAUUCUGUGCAGGCUCUAGGCACCCCCCAGGUUACAGGAACUGUUUGUGUGGCCCCUGCAGUGUUGGAAUUCGGCUGCUGCUUGCUUGUGUGGACAGGGUUAAAACUGAGCACACCUGGUAGGGGAAGCCUGUUUCAGCCUGCGUAACUACCAGAGUUAAAAUACUGCUCCUUCCCCUGUGGCCUUCUGCCUGCACCAGCGAGGAGAGAGAAAUUUGAAGGGCAAAUGGGGGUGAAUCUUGGCUAAGCCCCCAUUGUCAGGUGUUCUGGGGGUGGGGGAGACAGUAGGUCAGUCUGCAGUGUUUGACUCUGCUCUUUGUAUCGCUCACACGAGGCUGCACUGCCCAUAAAGUAUUUCCAUGCUGCCCGUCUCCAAAUCUGCCACUCGCUGAAUCCUUCCAGUGUUGCUGAGGGAAUUGGGCCUUGUCCUCAGAUCACAGCCAGAGUUUUAUAAAGGUAGUUCAGCUGCACCUUGGCCACAGCCCCAUCCCCACUGCCAACCUCCACCCUCCCUCGCUGCAGCCGUAGUCAUCCUCCCCAGAAAGCCGGGAUGGUGCAGGAGCCUUCUCCCGAGCCACAUCUGGAACGCUGGCCAUUGCUGCUCAGCAAGGGUUAAGGCGGCUGCUCUUUAAACCUAGGUUAGAAAACAGACAGGGCUGCCACAGCACUCUGCUGUCUAAAGCUAACGAGAGCAAAGACCGGACCCGCCGCGGUCUGCCCCUGUCAAGAUCACCUGCAAAACUGUGAUUUGCCUUGUUACUCUAACUGGAGGACUCUUGCUGCAAUAGAGAACAGAAAUAGCUGACGCGUCCUUUUGGCCAGACUGGGCUUCUAUUCUUGACAGGGAACUUUCCCUCCUCACUGUAAUUGAGAUUUUUCUUUGGGGAGAAUCUGUCUUUUGAGAUGAGAGAGGGUUGAAAAUGCUUAUUAUUUUUCCAGGAAAUUAAAAAAAUUCUCCCCUUAGCUAUAAACCUAAAAUUUGAAAAAUGUUUGGUUUUUGAUUUAAAUGAAAAAAAAAAGGUGUUUUCAGAUUUAAAAAAACCUAGAAAAUUUAAAACAAAAUGAGAAAUUUCUGUGAAAAUUUACAUUUUGGUCAAAGUUUUGACACCCUUCUCCUCUUCCCCGUUCUAUGGAAUACUCUGUGUAUCCAGCCAAAGUGGGAAGACCUCGGACAAGCUCCCCCCCAGCUCCCUGUGACUUGUUCAGUACGGCUUGUAUUUGCCAAUUGUCAAAGGAGGCUUUGACACUUCUUCCAUUCCUGUUAAUGGAUGGGGAGUGACUGAAUCCCCUAGACUACUUUGCAAAUUUUAACCUCUAUAUUUAGAAGGGGUUAAAACCCCAGUCUGGGCUUUGGAGAAUGUAACACUGGAUGGAGAUCUGGCAGCUGGUCUUUGCACAGCAUGUAUGCUCUAAAAUAAAAGUUGCUCACUACUUUCUGUUUUUUAUAAAGGAUCUUAGGUUGGCUCCACCUCGGCCGCAGCCCCAUCUCAGUGAGAGCAGUUUGGGAGCCCCCUGUUCUGCCUAGAAGCUAUCCUGCUGGCAGAAAUCAACAUCCAUCUAGCAGUAUUGGAUGCCUGUGGAUAGCGGGGAGUUUGCAGAGUGAGAGCAGAUAGCCACUACAUGCACAUCAUGCUUGCUAUAUGCCUGGUGUUUUCACCUGCCCACUCUAGUCUCUGCAGUUGUGCAAAGGAGGGGAAAGUUCAGGGAAAUGUGGAUUGUCAUCAGAAGUCAGCUGGUUCUCGAAGGGAUGCACUCUAGCAAAACGUAACCCCCAAAUUUAGGUUUUGUAAAUAAAAUUCCUACAAGAUUUAAGGCCCACUGGAAUGUUCCCCCUAGAUGUACAUAUACUUUUUUAAUGGCUAUGGAAAGCUUUUUGAUGCUCCUCUGCAGAGUUUCCUGCCUGACCAUUUCUGCUGGGAGUGUGCAGAGCGCUGCAGAUGGACUAGCUGAUAUUUCCAUGGGCCAGGCAGAGAGUGGUGCAAUCGAGCCAACACCAAGCAUGUCAGGGGAAAAGUUAAUUCAGUUUCUGGCACAUUCCCCUUUAAUCAUCAGAGCUGGGGUUUGUAAUGUAGCCAAAGGAAGCUUGUUUCCUAAGAAUGAGCUUUAACCCACAUGGCAUCCCAGGGAGACCCAGCUGCAGAGCCCCAAAAACCUUUCCAGAGCCUCAGAGCACCCAGCAUGAGGAAAUGUGAACACAGCGCUGGCAAAGUACUCUCCUAAUCCUGGUGGUGUGAUCUGGCUUUAGUGAUGUCCCUUUACCAGGAGAAUUCCAGGAGCUGAAUGCCUGGUACUUCUAGAGAGCUGUGGCCAGCAAGAGAAAACAGCAAUGUCUGCGUUCAGCUAGCCUUGAUCUCACUGCUGAUCAGUUAUUCCUGGGCACUCCACUCAGAUCCAGCUCUGUGAGCUUGCUGACAGUCGCUCACCUUGGAUCCAUUUCUCUCACUAACCACCCCUCUUCCUCCCUCUGCCCCCCCUUCUCCCCUCCGUGGAAAAAAUUGUCCAUUUGGCAUAGUAAAAAGGCAGAUCCAACCUUUUUUUUCUUUUUUAAAGUCUCUUCCCCGCAUCACCUGUUUCUGGUGCUUCCAUUAGCCCUGCACCAAGAAAUGUGACCAGCUCUUGAAAUAUGACAAAGUAGCAGCUGUUUUUUGCAGUGGGAGGGGUGACUAAUACCAUUUUUCCCCCCAAGUUCUCUCCUCUGUCAGUCCUAUGCCUCCUUUUCUCUGCAUUAUGGGCACAGAGCUGCCCCAAAUUCUGCACUCCAGUAUAAAACACCUGUUGACUUGGGCGAGGGGGGGGGGGGUUGUCUUUAGCAUAGAUGAUGUUGAGUUACUUCCAGCAGUAGGGAUAUGGAGGGAAAGAAUUGAACAAAGUUGGCAUGGUCUGAGGUCAGUGCUCACUUUGGCAUUAGCCCAUUGAGAGGGAAAGUACCGAAAUGAGUUAAAGCUUCUCAGAGCAAGAGGGCAGUGCAUGGAGACACUGGCUUCCUGGUCUUGCAACUGGAUGUUGACCUUGGAUCAUUUGGCCUAAAUUUGAGGACAUGCUGGUUUUGUGCCUUCAGUCGUCUGAAGGUUUUUCAAUCUUGGAUUUAGUUUAUUAGAUUGACAUAGAUUCCCUGGGUUUUUACCUGCUAUAGAUGAGCUCUGACCUAGUUUACUGAAGACCAGGUCACUGGGCCCAUAUGACAAGGUCCUGAAGGUGUGUCUUGCCAGUGCUAUGGGUGUGGUGCAUUAGACAUGCCUUGGACACCACAAAGGCAUCUUUUUUUUCUUGUGGCGUUGCCUGAAAGAAGCCGCCACUAGAGCAAAUGUUUGUCUCUUCGUGUUUAUUUGGUGUAACGCUGAGGCCAGCUUGGGGGUGUGGAGCUGUUGGCUCGUUGGAGUUGAAAGAAGGGGUUCAGAGGCAUUUUAUCUGGUUUGAUCCUGUUGAAGACGAUGAGCUUUAGAAGGGGGGGGCUGGAGCACAGCCAAAACCACCUGCCUGCACACCUUGCAACAGCACCUCACUGCCCCCCUCCCCUUUGGCCGGGGAUCCUAAUGAGUAUCCCCGGUGCUCAAGCAUCCACCUUCGCUGUGGUCUCGCGCACACACACGCCCACACCUGGGGGGUGCAUGGAUGGCCAGGCACGAAUGGAGUGUGGGGACGGUGGGUCACGAAUGCUGAGACGUGGACUCUUGCUCCUUGUCCUCUUAACCCCACAGUCCCUGCCAGUAAGUCUCAGAGAGCAAAAUUCCUCCCCAGUUCCUGCCUGAGUUGCCCUUGUGAGGCAACAGUAUCCACGUAACUGCCCAGUUUUAAUCCUGGCUCAGCUCAUGUUGCUUUUCAAGCUUAGCAGUCGCUUCAUUCGGCCCCUCCAGAGGGUGAGGGCACAGAGGCAGGGGCUUGUGCCCUCAUCCACUCUCUGCAUCACUUCACUUCACCAUGGUGCCCUGAGUGGGUUGUCAGCAGCGGGAAUUGAACCUGGACCCUUUGGUGCGUGAAGUGCAAGCCUCUGCUGCCUGAGCUACAAGCCCCCACUCUGCCCUCCAAAGCUAUAGCAGGCUCAUCCGCUUCUGUGUGUGCCUCAGCCACCAGAACGGGACAGAGCUGCCACACAGGCUGUUCUACACGUCAGCCGCCAGCUGCUUCCCGAGAGGCUUUGCGCUCCGUGUGCCAAUCCCCGGGUAACGCUGUGGUGGAAUGGGAACCCUGCAGUCAGGCUGUGCUGCUCACAGGAGUCGAACACCAGCCUUGGCUCAGGAACCCAGCGUCCCUUAGCAGCUCAGCGUUUGGCUUUAGAACAGAAAGGAGAGAAUCUUGUUUUCCCCAGAAAGACAUUAGCAGGGUCACUGCAUGUGGCUCCCGGGGCUCCCUCCCCGUUAGGAAUUAGCUGUGCUUUCCACGCGUUUCCACAGCAGAACCACCAAAGUGACUCUGGCGCUCCAGUGCCGCUGGCUGUUCAAAACCCUGCGCAGAGAGAGAAAGAACAAAAGAAUGUGGGGUUCAGGCUGAUUGUACAGAGCGCAGCCGCCCGCUCACAGUUGGAUCCCAGCUGCAGGUGGCAGACGCUAACCCACAAUGUACCAGUGUGCAGCUCAUAGCCAGUUGCAGCGAUUUUGAAUACUAGUAAAGCCCAGGAGCCUGCUUCUCUCCCGUGCUGCGCCAUUGACUUUCAACGGCAGUGGGAUCGGAACCCCAUCCAGCUCCUGAUCCUGAGGGGAGGUUCCAAGCCCCUUCAAUGGUUGCUCAGCACCUUUCUGAGUUCCUGAGGGGAACAGAGAAAUGACAGGUGGAGCAGAGCACUAAUGUGCCAGAAAUCCAGGUGAGGUGCAUCGAUAGUGAGCUGAACCAUGGCUUGAAUGUGCAGCAGGACCCUGAGAGCUAGUGACUAAACCCUAAUCAUUAUCCAACCCCGAUCGUCCUCACCCCAAGCAGUGUCCUUGCAGAAGGCCUGUGCCCCACUGUCAUAUGCAACCCUCUUUCAUUGACCCAGCCGGCCCGCCUGCAGUCAAGCGUGCAGAGAAUGUGUGCAAACGUUUACUGAGUGGCCCGUAGGUCCCAGUCCGCUGGUGCACUUGGGAUUCGGCUUUUAGGUAGACUUGGCCCUGCCUCAGUGCGUGGGGAGGAGGAGUGACCUCUUGAGAGCACUUCCAGGCCAAGGUUUCUGUGAUUCUGAUGCAUCGCACAGUCAUUCCGUUCCAAAACCAAAUCUGCACCGUGCCACCAGUGUUUGCUCUCAAGGGAGAGCAGCGACCCAGAGCUAGGGCUGAGUUGGCAGAGUGAGUGGAGAGAAGUGGUUUUGCAGGAGCACGCUGUCAGCCUGGGCAGGAGUGUGUUGGUGGCUUUUUCUGCACUAAAGCCCAGCAGCAAAAGCUGAAUUGGAGGAGGUGCCAGGGGCUGCUUUUGUCUGGGACAAGGAUGCUUCUGUCCACACCACACCUGCUUGUGUCUUCCAGCUGCUGGUCGGAUGCCAUGGGGGCAGCAGGCUGGCUGAGGAGGCUCAUCGUUAGGGUUCCUGCAUCCCGAUCCAAGGUGCAGGAGCUCUUCUGUGCCCCAUCCAGGCAAUUAGCUCAAGGGAUAGGCUAAGUCAGGGCCACUCUACUGUCUAGCACAGUGGAGCAAAGCCCCUGCUGGGGCAGAGACCACUGUGGUGCCUAAACAGCUGGCAAGAGCAGUCACUUCAACCCUGCUUUGCCUGUUGCCUGGGCUGCCCCCUUCCUGAGCUGAUGGCCUCCUUUCUGCUCUAGAGUGGAGUGUAUAGGCCCUCGGGUGGGGUGACAUGAUCUUUUCUCCUGGCAGAGGCUUGGUCUCCAGACGGGUUUCCCUUGCCCACAUGGUGGUAUGUGGAAAAUGCGUGAGCCAGAUGUGGUGAAAUGGACUAAUUUGGAGCAAGCGAGGUGGGAGAGGCACUUUUUGUUGGGGCCCUAGUUGCCUUCAGCCUUUCUAGACUAUCCCAUGCGAGUUGGGCAUCAUCCCCUCCUGGGGCUCUCUCAGUGUGUCUCUUCCUGUGCUUUCAACCACCUCCUGUUUCUCAUCUGACGCUGAAUCUGUUUCAGCCAAGCAUCUGUUGUCCUGGUUGCGGAAAAUACUCCUUCCACCUGUGGUCUUUGAAUCAGCCGCAUGGCAACUGUGGUCGGAGAGCCGCCCGCCUUGGGUAGCGGGAAGGUGGUUUCUAGUCUUGCUGAACGGUUGCCUGGAGGAGAAGGCACUAGCUUGAAGGGGGCAUCAUGCUUGAGUGUCUGUUGGCAUGAUGCAGCCUCCUCGGCGCUGCGCCAUUAGCAGCAUCCAUCCCCAUUCUGUCCCAUUGCACCCACUGAGCUGCCCGUGGGCCCUGCGUGUCAGGAGGGACACUCCCUGGGGAGCUUUGAAUGGCGCGAAGAUGAGCUGAGAGAGGGGGAGCCAAGAAUCUCCCUCCAUUUAGUGCCAAAUCUUUUUAAAGUCCUUUUGGGAGCCCACCAGCUCAAGCAAGUCUUGUGUCUUUGGGGAAGAGGGAGAGGAAACACAAAUGUGGGAAAUAAUUUACCCUGUCUGCAUCUAAGCAAUUCUCUUGGUCGGGGGCAGGGAGCAGAGAAAGCAACACCUGGCAACGUUGACUAAGGACAAUACUUCCAUCAACCUGCAUUUAGUUCAUUGCCUAUGGGAAACUGACCCAUUUUCUAGAGAAGACUCAAACUAGUUUAGAAAAUGAAGUGCUACUUGAUUCCCCUUUAUAUAUUUUUAGUACUUGGGGGCAGGGAAGAGCAAUUGUAGGGGAAAAGCCUGUGGAAGCAGUUUAUUUUUAACCCCUUAGAUGGUUUCUUUUGGCCUUUUUAAAAAAAAAUGGUCCUGGCUUUUGAUGUUUAUGCUGCCUACCUGUAAAUCCAGAUAUACUUAAGUGGCUGAAAAUCCUUGUUCUUAAAUCAGAUACACAUUAUAGUUUUGAACUAUAUAUAUAGUAUAUAUAUAUAUAUAUGCGCCUAACCCAGCAAAAAAAUAAAGUAUUUGGGGGUGGGAAAAUGCAUUGUUCUUUUGAACGAAUCACAAUUGGGGGAUAAAAUUGUGUUUCCGAGUGCCUCAAGAUAUGAAUUGUUUUCAUUUUUUUAAAAUAAUUUUAUACAAGUGUCAAAACAGCUGGCUGGAUUAUUUGGAAUUUUUAAAUAAUCCUAACUUUUUUAAAGUAGAUUUUGAGAACUGUCCUGUAUAUAACAGUAAUGUAGCAAUAAAUGUGACAUUUUAUAACAAUAUUACUUUUUUCCCCCAUAUCUGUCUUUCAGAUGUUGUAUACCUAUGAAUGAAAAGUUGUAAUAAAGGUUUUACCUUGUACUAAAACCGAA